CGACCCUCCCACAAAUCAUCCAAAAUGGCACCAGCAACAAAAUCCGCCUCGAAGAAGGGAACGAAGGUCACCAAGAAGUUCAUCAUCAACGCCUCCCAACCGGCGAACGACAAGAUCUUCGACGUCACCGCCUUCGAGAAGUUCCUCCACGACCGCAUAAAGGUCGACGGCCGCACCGGCAACCUCGGCGACACGAUCCAGAUCUCGCAGCAGGGCGAUGGCAAGAUCGAGGUUAUUGCGCACCAGGAGUUCUCCGGCCGCUACCUGAAGUAUUUGACGAAGAAGUUCCUCAAGAAGCAGCAGCUCCGUGACUGGCUCCGCGUCGUGUCGACCUCCAAGGGCGUCUACGAGCUCCGCUUCUUCAACGUCGUCAACGACGAGGCUGAUGAGGAUGAGGAUUAGAGUGUCGGAUCUAUGGGGUGGGAUGGGUAGAGAGUGAAGAGGGGAAAGGAUCUCUUGGGUAGCGUAGUGCAAAUAUACUCUGCAUGUAUGCGCCCCCAUCACCUUCAUUGCGAAAUUUGGAAAGCGUGAAACGGAUGCAACAAUGUAGCUGAAUUGCGUGAAAUUGCUCUUGAUAUUGUUCACAAAUGUAUGAUACUCUCUGAAGUAAUAGACAGCUUCGCCCUGCACUGUCUGGCUA